AAGUAUUCUUACACUCAAGGACGCAGAUAAUCUUACUGCUCUUAACAUUCCCCCAGCACACAAGGUAUCUUCAGGCUAGACGCAAACCUACCAAAGGCUGAACAUUACAAUUGUAGCCUGCGUGAGGACUUCUUAAGUCUAAACACCACGUAGCUGGAUGGCUUUGUAAAAUGAUUGUCACAUGGCAUUUUCAUAUGGAUAUUAUUUCUUUUUCUGAUUUGUAAUGAUCAACGGAACUCCAAAAAUACUGGCUACUACUCAUAAAUGUAUAUUCAGAAGUACUUCAUUCUCCCAACUUUUAGCCAGUAAGUCAGUAUGUGGAGUGCUUUCCAGUAAAUUUCAUUAUGUAAAUGGAAGGCAAAAAAUCCAUUCCAGGCCUGAUGGUUUACUUCAUUUCCGCCCAACUGGAGUUUUAAAUUUGAGAUUGCAGCACUCUCAUGGUUCUUUAAAUAAUGUAUCAAAUCCAGCUUUGGAAAAAAAAGCAAUUUUAUCCGACUGGACUAUUAUUAGACGACUUCUAAAAUAUGUUUGGCCAAAGGAUAGGCCAGAAAUCCGUUUGCGUGUAGUCGCGGCAAUGUUGUUGUUAUUGUCUUCCAAAUGUGUUAAUGUUUUAGUUCCAUUUGUUUUCAAAAUUGCAGUGGACUGUUUGUCAGGAGAAACUCCAUUGUUAUUAGGUGAUACAAGUCCUAGCGUGGCAGCUACAACCAUUUUAAUUUCGUAUGGUUUGUUUAGAGCUACUGCUUCUGGUUUGAAUGAAUUACGUACUGCAGUUUUCGCUAAAGCUGCUCUCUCUUCAAUUCGAGAAGUCGGAGUUCAAGUAUUUCGACAUAUGCACAAUCUUGAUUUAAGUUAUCAUCUUGGAAGAAGAACUGGCGCAUUAGGUAAAGCGAUUGAUCGUGGUGCUAGGGGAAUAAAUUUUAUAUUGACUGCAAUGGUUUUCAAUUUAUUUCCCACCACAUUCGAAGUUGCUGUCGUAACGGGUAUUUUGUAUUAUAAAUAUGGAGUAGCAGCCAGUACAAUUGCACUUAGUUGUAUAGCUGCUUAUACAGCAUUCACAUUUGCUGUUACUCGUUGGCGUACUCAAUUUCGUGUUCAAAUGAAUAAAGCAGAUGGACGAGCUGCAAGUCAAGCUACUGACUCACUUAUUAAUUAUGAAACUGUAAAAUACUUCAACAACGAAGAGCGUGAAGCAGAACUUUAUGACAAACUUCAAGCCCAAUACGAAGAGGCCAGUGUUAGAACAACAACUAGCUUGGCCGUACUUAACUUCGGUCAGGCUGCUAUAUUCUCUGUUGGUUUAGCUGCUACAAUGAUAACAGUUGCAAAUCAAGUUGCUUCCGGUCUAACUGAUCCAACAACAGCUGCUCAUGUUCUUGAAGCCACUGGGAUAAGUAGUCUAGCUAAAUCUUUGACUGUGGGAGAUCUUGUUCUCGUAAACGGUUUAUUAUUCCAACUAUCGAUACCAUUGAAUUUUCUGGGUACGGUAUAUCGUGAAGUACGGCAAUCUUUAAUUGAUAUGUCAACUAUGUUUGGACUAUUGGAACUUGUUCCAACAGUUCGUUCCUUACCGAAUGCACCAAAUAUACACAUUGAUCGCUUUAAUUCAUCCAUAGAAUUUCGUGAUGUGAAAUUCACUUAUUACUCCAAAGACCCUUUAUUAAAACCUGGGAAAUUCUUAUAUGAUGGAUUAAGUUUUAAGGUUGAACCUGGUCAAUGUGUAGCUAUUGUUGGUGAGAGUGGUACCGGAAAAUCUACAAUUGUUCGAUUAGUUUAUCGAUUUUUUGAUGUAUCUGGUGGUAGUGUACUAGUUGGUGGUCAAGAUGUUCGGUCGGUGAAUUUGGAAAGUUUACGUCAUGCAAUAGCAGUGAUACCACAGGAUACGGUUUUGUUCCAUAAUACUAUAUUUUAUAAUCUCCAAUACGGCAACUUGAAAGCAACUCCGGAGGAAGUUUACGAAGCCGCUCGUUUAUCGAAUAUAGCCAAUGCAAUUGAACGUAUGCCACAUGGAUACGAUACACAAGUCGGAGAACGUGGUUUGAAAUUGAGCGGUGGUGAAAAACAACGAAUAGCGAUUGCUAGAGCCCUACUAAAGAAGGCUCCAAUUUUGAUUUACGACGAAGCAACGUCAUCGUUAGAUUCAAUCACUGAACAUGUAUGUUUUUUAUAUGUUCUCUAUGUUGAUAAUAAUUUAUUUUUCAUUAUAAUCAAGGUUCAAGCUAACUGACUGUUUAUAACUUCCAACUCAUGGUAAUGAGAAUUGCUGUUGUACACCAGAUUUUAUUUCUAAACGGACAAAUCUCGUAACGGCACUAGACGUAGAUCAGAUUACACAGAGUUGCCCUAACUUUUGUUAUAUACAAAUUAAUCUUGUAUGUUACAUCAGUACGAGUGCUCACUGGUCAUCAAAAUACGCAAACUUCUUGACUUUCUAUUCACUUACCAUGAAGAGUAAAUGGUUUCGCAAAGUUUUUAUUAUACCUAUGUACACUUAUUAUGUACAAUUUGGGUAGCCUACAUAUCGUCCCUUACUCAAAGAUGAAAUUUAUUCUCCCGGAAAUUUAUCUUCAGUCCUUACUUCAUAAGGAAUUGUGUAAAAAAGUUCAUUUCAAAAAACAGUGAAAAGAUGUUUAUGUGCUCUCAGUUUAUUCAAGUUACUUUUAAGUAUGAUGAUAGGCUUUUCCAGGUAUCACUGUCACUAAUAAAUUAACUUGAAGUAAAACUUUUAAAAGAGUAAAACCUAAGACAGUUAUCAAGUCAACAAAUUCAACCAUAUACGUGUUUGACAAUGUUCAUACAUACGAGGCGAAUUGGUAAUUAGCCAGUCUAACUCAUAAUUUUUUCGGUAUAACGGAAGCCAUCACCUUAGAUAUGUCCAGUAGGAAACAUACCUAGAUGGUUUUCUCAUUAACUGCGCUGACUGUUUGUUAUCGAAAGUGCAUAAAACCGCAUUUCAUUCUUGAAAUGAUCUGAAGCUUCGUCAGAUACAACUAGUGCUCUGAAAGGAAUAGCAAUCUUCUAGACUUUCACCACUUCUAAGUUAAUGUGAGUCUUGACCUGAAUGAUCGAGGAAGGAAUUUGGAGUUCACUCUAAUACAAUACAUCUAAAGAUUCAUCACUUUUCCUAUUGCUAGUGCGCGGUUAACUUACUUAGACCAAAACAUACGAUCCAAGAUUAUAGAACUUGAUACUGAGGCUCUGUUUAUGUUGUAAGUCGAUCAACUGUUCUAUUUCUUCAAGAUAAAACUGCAUGGUAAAUCUCAGUUACGACAACAUCGUGUUCCAAUUAAUCGUACACAGGAGUACAUCGUAUGUGCGGUGCGAUACCUAAGUGAUACUGGCUGACGACAUUCCUGAUAACAGUUUAUGAACCCCUGACACUGAAGGUGAAAGUCAAGUAAACUGAUUCUAUUUAAAUAAUCAUUAUAUAUAUACUUCUUUUUCGUUUCUCUAUCAAAAAAAAAAUAUAAAUAAAUUAUGUAGACUAUUCUUCAACGAUUAGCGGAAGUUACACCUGGCGUUACAUCUCUUAUAAUCGCUCACCGUUUAAGCACAAUAAUUGAUGCUGAUGAAAUCUUAGUCUUACGAAAUGGUCAUGUAUCUGAACGUGGUACGCACUCUAGUUUAUUAUCACAACCGGAUUCAUAUUAUCGACAACUUUGGAAUCAACAACGAAGUGGAAUCUUACCUACUACUAUUACUAGUACUACUAAUUUUGAUAAUAAUAACAACAAUGAUUGUCAUAAAAUAUCCAGUUCAGACAGUCAACAAACAAACACCUAAGGCACUACGUAUACAUAUAAUGGAUUAAGCUUUUCUUGAGUUAUGUAGUUUGUAAUUUUUUCAAUGUCCACACUUGUUCGAUAGUUUCAUUUUUCUAUCUAUCUAUCUGUUUUACUGACUUUUUUAUACUUGAGCAGAAUUCUUUUAUCUUAUGUUGUGUUUUCUGUUUAUGCUAGAUGAAUAGUUAACAAAUUACUUAACAUAUUUAAUUUGUUUUCGUGGUUGUUUACAUCACAAGAUAACUUUGUAAAGAAACAAACUUUAUAAUACAUUUUGUUACAC